GACGCCCUCUACCUCCUCCAAGCGCGACCGAUCACGACGCUGGACUCCUGGACGGACUUCGAGCUCCUUCAUGAACAGGACUCGGCUCAUCUCACAGACCACGAGCUCUACACUAAAGCCAACGUUGACGAAGUUCUCCAAGGAAGGAUCUCCCCUCUGACCUUAUCUAUCCUGCCAUCCGUCCUGGACGUGGUCUUCCAGAGGGACUCCAUUCGCUGCAAGUGGCCGGCUGUCCCCUUCGACCCGCACCACGUGAAGCUCUGCCCGACGUUCGCUUCGCAGUUCUUCCUCAACAUGAUCGAGAUGCAAUACCAGUUCAUCCAAAGCAGUGAGGUGAACGCCACUUGCCAGGCCAUUGACCUCGCUGUGUUCGGCCACGAGGUCACGACCCCGCAGUUCCUGGCCUGGGGCACCGAGCGCUUCGGAAUGAUGAACAGGAUGACCCUCCUUCAAGUCUUGUUCAACCUGAUUUACGACAAGUUCGCCAACGGCAGCCGAGUCAGCAGAGGCCGGCAGAAGUUCGGAGAUUACUGUCUGGAUCAAGGAAGAAGUACGUUGUCUCCCGAGGCUCUCUAUUCCGAUAUCACGAAUCAUCUCCCAGAUAUGGUUGAGGGGAGCCACAACCACGUCCUCACGAGCAAGUUCAGCUCCAGCAGCCAGUGCAUCGCCCUCCAGAUGCUGGCGGAGAAUAACACGGAGCUCAGCGAGGACAACCGGACGGACAUCGCCCUCCUCCUCUCCUCGUGCACCGGCGUCGAAUCGGCCGAUGUCCCGACGGCGCUGAAGGCUUUAGCUCGCGUGAUCGCCGAGAACGAGGAGGUGGACGACUUCCUUGGCAUGACAGGAGACGAGGCUCAGGUGUGGCUGGAGAGCGACCCCGGCCUCGUCGGCACCGCCUUCAGGGCCUUCCUCGCCAGGCACGGGCAUCGCUGCAUCAAGGAGCUCGACCUUCACUCUGUGUCUUGGGGAAUGGACCCUCACACGCUCGUCCAGACGCUGCAGGUGAUGGUGCGGCAUCCCAGUAGCUACACGAGUGUGAAGAAAGUUACUUCCAUCGACCAAGCUCUUGACAGCAUCAGAAGUCAAGUGACGCCCAAGACCAAACGCUCGCUCAAGUUCGUGCUGCCCAUGUGUCGCGAGGCCGUCGUGAACCGCGAGGCCACCAAGUCUCAGAUCGUGAAGAUCCUCGACGGCUUCCGGAAGGCGUACAGGAACCUAGGUCAGCUCAUGGUCUCGGAAGCGCGACUGCCUGACGCCGACCUUAUCUUCUAUCUGAAGCACAGCGAGAUCGGCGAACUCAUUAGGACUCGGUCUCCAAGCCUUAUUGCGAAAGCAGUGCGAAGGAAACGGCUCGACGCGCAGAUUGAAGCCACGAAGUUCCCUGAAAUCUCCGUCGGAUUGCCGCGGCCGAUCUCUGCCAGUGAGUCCUUCGUCGUGCCCUCUGACGGCAGCGAGCUCGUUCUGCAGGGAACCCCCGUGUGCCAGGGCAUGGUCACCGCCCCCGCCAGGAUCAUAACGGACCUCAAGGAUGCGCCGACCAUACAGAACGGCGACAUCCUGGUGACCCACAGCACGGACGUCGGCUGGACCCCCUACUUCCCGCUGCUGUCUGGCGUCGUCACGGAGAUCGGCGGCUUGGUCUCGCACGGCGCGGUGGUUGCGCGCGAGUACGGGCUUCCGUGCGCAGUCGGGAUAGCGGCGGCCACGUCCAUUCUGCGCUCAGGUGACACCAUCAUUCUCAACGCCACGAAGGGAACGGUUACCCGAGUGGAAUCCAAGGCGACGUCAGGAGAUUAGACCUUGAAGGCUCUGGGGCUCGAUAGCCUUGCAUUUCAUUCUUCUGUUGUCUCAGCGUCUUCUGUCUGUCAGUUUCUUUGUAUGUGUGUGCCCGGUUGCGCGGUUUUGACAUUUUUUGUGUGUAUAUAUAUGUGUGUGUGUGUGUGUCAGUUUCUUUGUGUGUGUCUAUACUUGAGUAUGUGUGAUUAAACGGGUCUUGAUAUGUGAUUUAGAUAGACUGGCAAGCCGUUUUACCUCAACUGAUGAAGUUUUCUUUAUAUCUUAGAAUUUAAAGAUGCAAAAAUUUAUAUAUUCUUGUGUCUUGUAUAUUUUGUUGAAAUUUAAUGUAUAUAUCUUGCAGAAAUAAACUUUGUUAUUUCCCCAUGAA